AUUGGCAAUGAUGACAUCAGAAAAAGUUAAGUCGCUGUCAGGACAGGCGCAUACGCAAAAUGGGAGCGCAGUCGAUUCUGAAGAAGAGCGCGCUGAGCGGGAGUUCAUGGAAUCCAUGGACGCCAUGCAGGAGUACGUGGAGCUGCAAGGCAAGCUGCAGGAGCAGCUUAAGCAGGGCCUCAUGAGCCUGGCCCGGGCAAAGUACUCCAUGGGCGGGCGGCCCGUGGGCCAGGACAAGUACGACCCAGGCAUGGUCGCAACCACCCGCUGCAUGGUGUCCCCCGGAUCUGGAUCCGGAUCUGGAUCAGGGUUGGGAUCUGGAUCCAGCGGGCCGGGGCCAUCUGGGUCGGCCGCUGGCAAGGACGGGCAGGGGCGGGCUGACAGCGACGCGUCGGGCGGGGUGGCGCGUGGAGGCGGAGGUGGCGGUGAGACCGCCAGCGGGCGUCGCAGCUUCACGGUCCAUCACACCUCGAUUCCACCGCCGCCGCCGCGCGGGACUGCAGCUGACGCAGGGCAGGGGAAAGCGGAUGGAGGGGAUGGGAGUGCGGGCAGCGGCGCUGCAGCCACAGCCUCCGGUGCCAGCGCCGGCAGCAACACUCGGGCGGGUGCGGGGAAAGCAGGGCCGGGCAAGCGCGGCGAUAAGGAUGAGACAUCUGCGCUGGAGGACGCAUUAAUGGAUGAGCUCGACCUGGAGGAGGAGGACGACCAGGAGGAGGAGUGGGAGGAGGAGGCGGAGCUACGAGAGGCGCAGGCGCUGCUGCGGCGGCUGCGGAUGGAGGCGGAGGCGGCGCAGCGCGGCACCUCGGCGACCGGAGACUCUGGGGCGGGGCCGGAUGGCGGCAAUGCCGGGGGCGAGGCGGGUGCGGGUCCGGAGGCCAAGGGGGGCGCGGGGCUGCGGCGGAAGCAGGGCGCGCGGCGGGCGGCUGCGGCACCGCGGGACCCGCUGCACUGGUUCGGAGUCAUGGUGCCGCCCGCGCUGCGGGAGGCGCAAUCCGAGUUCGCGGCAGUUGUGGAGACCUGCCUGCAGCUGGCGACGACAGCACAGCGAAUCCGGCCAGUCACCUAGUCACUUGUCUGCGUCUCUGCCACGGACUCAAGUCAGGAAGUUGGGCGCUGGUAAUGGCAGUGAAUCAUAUUGGGCUGGUAUCUAGCUUACAUAUGUGUGUCUUCUAACUUAUGAUGGAUGCCGGAGUAGGUAGCGCCCGUGGACUUGCGUGCGGGGGAGGGGGGUUAUGCACAUGGACACGAAAGGAUCGUGAAGGGACAGGCUGAUGACCGCAGGCAACAGAUUAAAUGUAAUUGUGUCUACAC